AUGAGCUCUAUCAAGAUUCCCAUCGAUGCGAUCACCUCGCGAUUUGGUGAUCGCUUCAACAGUGUUCGCUCCCAGUCCAUUGGCACCCGCUUUGCCAACCUCCGACCGGUUUCCGAAUUCUUGGAUCUCAAGCGUCUUUCCAAACCGGCCAAUUUCGGCGAGGUCCAGAGUCGCGUGAACUACAACCUGUCGUACUUCUCGAGCAACUAUGCCGUGGUCUUUGUGAUGCUGAGCAUCUACAGCUUGCUCACCAAUCCCGUCUUGCUCUUCGUCAUCAUCUUCGUCACCGGAGGUCUGUACGGUAUCGGCAAGCUGGAAGGGCGCGAUCUGGAAUUGGGAAUUGCUCGCUUCAAUACCUCCCAGCUCUACACCGGGCUGUUGAUCGUGGCCGUUCCUCUGGGCAUCUGGGCCUCCCCUAUCUCGACAGUCCUCUGGCUGAUCGGCGCCACGGGAGUCUCCGUCUUCGGCCACGCAGCCUUUAUGGAUAAACCAAUCGAGAAUGCUUUUUCCGAGGAGGCGGUCUAG